GCAUCCCCAGUUUUACUUUCAAUUACGAUGGCGGUGUAUAAUCAUGAUGAGCUGGUGGCCCCGGAUUGGCUGAAUCAAAACUUUUUCCUUCAAGUCGUGCGAGAAUUGGAUAACGAUCCUUCGAUCGAGCUGACCAGCCAGUGUGUUUUGCGUCCAGGAACAAAAAUGGGUGAUCAUUAUGCAAGUGUGAUGUACCGCACUACCGUCACCUAUCGUUCGAAGAAGGAUCAAGCGGAAAAAUCUAUCAAUUUGAUCAUGAAAACGAAACCCGAAGCGGAAGGAAUGAAAAAGGAACUGCUGGAAGAUGAUCAACUCUUCAAGAUUGAGAUUCGUAUGUACCAGAAGGUGUUGCCGGAAAUGGCGAGGCUGUUGAAGAGUAUCGGAGAGGAGUACAAAUACCCGAGGUACAUCUAUGGUGCACUGAAGCCCCAAACGAUUCUCAUACUUGAAGAUAUUAGUAAGCAGGGAUGGGUGAUGGAUGAACUGAUUCAAACGUAUGAUGAUAUGAAACCGAUUGUUAAAGCAAUUGCAAUGUUUCACGCUGCCUCGGUGAUCAUCGAAAGUAACGAUCCGAAAUUUGCCGAAGAGAACAAUUUUUCCUUGGCUGAAGUAAUGCUGGGAUUUAAAGCAUUGAUCAACAAGGGGUUUGAUGAUUUGAUGUAUCUUACCGAGAAAUACCCGGAGUUUGCGCAUUUUGCAAAUCCUAUGGAGAACUUCAAGCAAAAUCUUCCAAAUUUUCUUAUUCCCCUUUACAAACCAUCUGCCUCGAUUCAGAACGUUUUGAUUCACGGUGAUUUCCAGUUCAAAAAUAUGCUUCACCAGAUUGACGAGAAUGGCCGGCAUAAGGAUACAAUCCUGAUUGAUUAUCAGGCAUGCAGCUGGACAACGCCGGCUAUCGAUUUAUUCAAUCUUCUCGACAUAGUGGCCGAUCAAACUGUGAAGGACAAUCAUCGGAACGAAUUAAUAUUGCUCUAUCAUCAACAGUACACCGAUCUAUUGAAACGGAUGGGCUUCACAGGUAAAAUACCAACACUUCUGGAGCUGCAGCUCGAGCUUCUGCGGUGUGAAGGAUUUGAAAUGUUACAUUACGCAAUCUUUACCACAUUUCGCUACAUCGGGCCUGGGCCGUUGGACUUAGAUGCUAUGUUGAGGGGUGAGAUCAAUAACCCUGCUUUGGACGAUCCAGAGUUCAGGAAACUUAUGCACAAAGAGUUGACUCGCUUCUUGCAUCAUGGAGUUUUGAAUGAAGAUUGAGAAACCCGAUUGAGCUUCAAGAGUAUGAGAAACAUGUGAAACCCUUUUUGGUUGUUCUGAAAUAAAAUUAUCUUUGAUCAAUGCUAAGCUCCGAUCUUAUGUAGUUUUGGAAAACAUAUCUUGUUGUAAACUCUAAGUAAAACGGUAUG